AUGCUUGUCAUGGCCAGUGUGACAGCUGCGGAGGAUUCUUCAAGCGAUUGUACCAGACCUAUAGUGAGUCCAUUGCCAUUUCCUGAACCCUCUACAGCCUCCAUAAAUGACUCUAGCCAUGGUCAUGGCACCACUUUCAGCCCUCCGGAUGUCCCUCCACCACCACCUCCACCUCCCCCACCACCACCCCAGGCAUUGGGCAACUCCCAUGCUUCACGCAAGAAACGACGGGUAAGAAGCUUCUUUUGGAAAACCAUUCCAGAAGAAAAGGUUCGGGGAAAACCCAAUAUUUGGACUCUAGCAGUGAGACAACAACAGUAUCAGAUUGAUGUGAGGACAGUGGAGGAGCUCUUUGGCCAGCAGGAGGACAUUCGAACCCAGACUGGCAGUGGACAUCCUCGUGCUGGGAGAUCCAGAGGUUCACUUAAAGAGAGUAAAGAUGAGAUCAGCAUAUUGGACUCAAAGAGAGGAAUGAACAUUGGAAUUUUCCUCAAACAGUUCAAGAAGCCCAAUCAUGCAAUAGUAGAAGAUAUCCGUCUGGGCAACAGUGAGCCGUAUGGAGCUGAACCGCUGAAAGAACUGCUCAAGCUUCUACCAGAGUCAGAGGAGGUGAAAAGAUUGAGGGAAUUCAAAGGAGACCCCAAUAAUCUGACGCUGGCUGAUUCCUUCAUGUUCCUGUUGAUUCAAUUGCCACGCUUUGAGGUGCGUAUCGAGGCUAUGGUACUUCAGCAAGAGUUCCUCCCAUCCUGUUCGACCAUGAGUCGUGAGAUUAGCAUUGUGCGUAAGGCUACUGAAGAACUAAUGACUUGUGAAGAGCUCCAUGCCAUUCUACAUUUGGUUCUCCAAGCAGGAAAUAUCAUGAAUGCCGGUGGCUAUGCAGGCAAUGCUGUGGGCUUCAAACUGUCCUCGCUGCUCUCUCUGGCAGACACCAAGGCCAACAAGCCUGGCAUGAACCUGCUCCAUUUUGUGGCACUGGAGGCAAUGAAGAAGGAUGAGGCCCUUCUGAAGUUCCCAGAGAAGCUAACACAUGUUCAGAUUGCAGCCAGAAUUUCGGUAGAAAAUAUCGAGGGAGAGUUUUCCUCUCUCUAUGUCAAAACACGAUCUUUGGAGCAGAAGAUUCUGGAUGACCAUGAGCUGCAACAGCAGCUAGAUUCCUUUUUGCAGAGCUCUAUACAGGCUCUGCAGGACCUUAAAUGUUGCAGGUUGGACUUGCGCAAGGAGGGUAAUACCCUCAUUGACUUCUUCUGUGAAGACAAAGACACCUUUAAACUGGAUGAGUGCUUCAGAAUCUUCCAAGACUUCUGUCUGAAGUUUAAAAAAGCUGUAAAGGACAAUCUGGACAGGGAACUAAAGGAGGUAACCAAACAGCGGCGCUUACAAGAACUGGAGGAGAGACGUUUUGCCUGGGCUGCAGCCAACAAUGAGAAAGGAGGUUUUGGUCGCAGCAGCAGUGAAAAUGAUGUUGACAUCCUAACCAAAGAAGGCCUCAUGGACUUCUUGCUUCAAUCAAGAUCUCAAAGCCCCCACAGUCAUUUGGGGCGCUCAGCUAGUGCCCGCCGUUACCAUAACGCUACUAGUGACCGCAGUGUCCAUGGAUAUAUGGAGCUGUUCUCUGGGUCUUCAGCAACCGAUUUCGACAAAUUCAGCAGCCUCCCACGCUCAGGCAGGAAUCAUCAAAGAAAGACCAUGGCAUGGCUCCUCUCACAGGAUGAUAAUAGGGAGCUUGGCCCACAGAAUCAGGCUUACCAAGAGAAGCUAGCAUCUUUACCAAAAGCUGAGACAGAACCCAUCAGUCCUUUAGCUAGAUGCUCAACUCCUGUCUACAACAUGAACAAUGAUCCCUACAAUAAUAAUAAUUACACUUCUCUCUCGGAAGGUGGAGUUACACCUCGAUUAAGAAACACAAAUAAUAUCUUUCAUGGGACAUCUGGUCAUGGUGUUAGACCCUCAAGUUUUUGUGUGGAAAAGCACACACUAGUUCCUGGCCUUCAACCAUUUGAGAUAACCAGCCAGAUAAAUAAUAACUGUUCUUUGAAUAACCCGUGUGAAGUUCUUGUGACAGAUCUGGAUUUGGAAAAAGACCCUCGCAAAGAAUUUCUCCUUGACACCCUCCAAUCUAGUAGGAGUUCUGAUGAGGAAUCCAAGCUAGAUGAAGUAUGGAAUGACAAAAGUAUCUUAUCACAAAAGGAGGAAGUGGACACAAGCACCUUUUCCUCCACGAGUUGUGACACCCCAUUGCCCCUUGAUCCCUCGAUGUCCAAUAAGAAACCUGUGCUGUAUGUCAUGGACUGCACUGAAACUGAUUGUUCCAUCAUGAUGGACUGCUCUGAUAUUGAGAGUGCUCCCAUAAUUAAUGACGGAUCUGGACUUGACCCCAAGCCACAGGAUUCCGACUUUUCAAGAACCAAUCCGGACACCAAUUCCCUUUCCUCCAAUUUUGAGUCCACCAAUGAUCACUCCGUGUCCACAUCAGGCGAUGAACCUCUUGCAGGAAAGAUCAAUCAAGAGUGUCCUGAAUCAGUCAGUCCAUCUGUAACUACUGAAGAAGCAGAGACAGAUAGCUAUGACACAGCUGAGGGGAGAGUUGGUAAGAAGGCAGUCCAGACCUGUAGCCCCAAAGCAACAAUUGUCAAAACCAAAACUGUCUCCAGAGCGGUGGUUACUCAUGCCAGCCAUCCUACAAGAACCCUCACAUCAACUGAGACUCAGAACAUGCGUAAAGUGGUGCCCAUUACAAGGCAGAACCGAUCUAGUAGUAACAUAAGGAAAGUAGAAAAACCUCCUGGACAUGAAAGCACUGAACCCAGACGUCCACUUCGUGACCAAAGCAUGCCAGCCAGAAGAGGCGAGAGGCAAGGUAGACCUCGGCAUUCCAGCCUCCCUCCAGAGAAUCCCAGAGCACAAAGAGGAGCAACGGCUGGCAACUCUCACUGGGCAAGGGACUCAACUCCACGCAGACCCUCCGUCAAGAAAACAAAUGCCAAACCUAUUCGAAACAUUUCAAAACCAGCACCAGAGGAAAAGAUGUGUCGUUCUACAAUGCGUGCCUUGGCCCAAGCACAGGCCCAAGGAACCUCAGAAAUGGGUGCACCUACAACUCCCAAAAACACCCCCAAAGUUCCUGCUCUGCCCAGCUUUGCUCGCAACACUGUGGCAUCUUCUUCAAGAUUUAAAAAAGACUCGCUCCCACCACCCGAAACAGGAACACCAUUAAAGAGCUUGACCUUAUCCCGAACUAGCUCUCAGAAAUUGCCUCCUGGAGGUAGAACAGAUUCUGUCAGUAGCGGAGCUUCCCCAAGGGGUGAAGAUAAACUAGGAGGUUCUUUAAGGAGGGUUCAGAGUGUAAGGGCAUCCAGUCGAAGCACUCAAGGCAGUGACACAGCCUCUCUACAGUCUGGACAAAAACAAUCCCUCAAAAGUAGCAGUUUCUCUGAAAGAUCCACACAGGCUAGAGACUCAGUUUCAAGCAGGACCAGUAAACCCACGUGGAAGUAGAGACGACAUAUUAAAUACUGGAUAAAAACAAAGCAGAUAAAUGUUUUUUUCUGUGCAUAGAGUAGAGCUACAAAAGGAGCACUGAAGCCUAUCACAUUGUUCUGAAUGUAUGUACAGUACAGCCUUUAAAGAUGUAGCUAAUAUUGUGUAGCUAGAUGCUAGUUUUAAUAAUGAUGUAAGCUACUGUCAUCAUUUGACAGCACAUUUUAGUAGCACUUCCUCAUCCACACAAGGAUGGUUUUGAUGGCCUUUUCUUACAUACACUUGACACAUAUCAUUAACUGUCAUGGACUCAAACAGUAAAUGCAUCAAUCACACAUUUUACUUGGUGUUAGAUUAUAUUUUGUUACUACACAGAUCAUAUCUGUUUUCACAAAUUCAUGAGGAAAACAAAUAGGAGAUUAUUUGUCAUAUAUGUUUGCUUCUGUAAUUGUUAGUAAAAGUAAUGCAAACAUAAUUUACUACUAGGGUAACAUUUCCAUUCAAACAAAUACAUGAACACUAAUGUUCCAGUCAAAUAUUCACCAACACUUUUUUUGUGCAUAUUGACAAAUCAAGUUGAAGACUUUUGAUGAAUGUCUUUGAAUGUUAUCCAAAUACAGCACACCUUAGUGCUGAUGCAACGGAAAUUGAGUUCUACAACUUGUAGUUCUAUAACUAGUGUUUUUUUGGAAACGUUAAAUCUUUUAACAGCUGCUGAGUUGCUUUGAAAUUUUCAGUUUGCCUUUUCAUGCAGGUCGCAAGUCUCGCUGCAGAUGCCACUGUAUUUGUGACGCUUUUGUGAACAUCCUGCUAGCUCCUUUUGAAAGCCAUACUGCUUAACGGGAAUGGUAAAAUCUGGUGCUAGAGGGAAGGUUGUGAAUUUUUUAGAACUUGUUUUAGAAAGUACGUUCACUGGAUGGAUCAAAUGUGGCUGUGGUUGAAACAGGUAGAGAACAAAGGUUUGUUUACAUACAAAAGUAUGUAUUCAUAAAUAGCAAAUCAGUGUUAAUAAGCCUAAUAAGAGGCGAGUGGUAAAAGCUGUGCUUUAGAAACUGAAUGAAGCAGACACCUAGGGUACUUUCUCUCUACCAUCUGCACAGGAAGGCAUUCUACAUGCUCUUAUGGUGCGUUCACAUACAACGCGGAAAAACAAUUUGCCUCACAUUGCUUGCAAGAGUUUGACCGCUGGAUUAAAUUUGUGUUUAAACUCGCAUUCGCGUGAGUAAUGUUGUAGAAUUCCCAGAUACGUUGAUGUUGUGUCAUACAAUUCCGGGUGUCCACACACCGCUACAACCAUUUUUGCAUCCAUUUUUCCAGAAUUUUUCUGCUACUACGUCAGUGACAUCUGGACAAUCUCAAUGCUUAAAGGCUUUCACGACAACGCAUCGUGCGGAUAUUUCGCUCGAGUUGAAAAAUGUAAACUCACACAAACACGCGAAAAAAGCAAUUACACGUUUUCGCUUCAUGCCAUUAGCUUCAUUCGUGCCGCCGCCGCGAAUUUGUGUCUAUUUGCGUGUUUGCAUUGACAUUGUAUUUAAUCGUGCCACGCGAAAUGCUCGAUUCAUGUUAUAUAUGAACACACCAUUAUGGUAAAUACAUCGCAAAAGAAAAUUCGCCUUGCAUUGCUCGCUGGAUUAAAUUUGUGUUUAAACUUGCGUUCGUGCGAGUAAUUUUGUAGAAUUCCCAGAUACGUUGAUGUUGUGUCAUACAAUUCCGGGUGCCCACACACCGCUACAACCAUUUUCUCAUCCAUUUUUCCAGAUUUCUUCUGCCACUACAUCAGUGCGUCAGUGACAUACGAACAAUCUCAAUGCUGAUAGGCUUUCGCGACAACGCGUCAUGCGGAUAUUUCGCUCGAGUUGAAAAAUUUCAACUUUCGAUUACGCGUUUUCGCUACACGCCAUUCGCUUCAUUCAUGUCUAUUCUGGUCUUUGCAUUUGUAUGUAAUAGCACCAAUGGAAACGCUCGAUUCACGUUGUAUAUGAACGCAUUAUGGUGCGUUCACAUUGGCUACAACGCAAAAAAAAAAAUCGCCUCGUAUUGCUCACUGGAUUAAAUUUGUUUAAACUUGCGUUAGCGCGAGUAACGCGAACCAGCGAGUAUUCCCCCUUCUCUUCUGGAAAAGGACAGGAGGAGGAGCUUCUACAACAAUCUUUCCACCAUUAACCAUGGCCGAUAUCACAAUGAUUGCUGCUCUGUAUCUGUUGUGGAAGUCCCAGAUAUGUUGACGUUGUGUCAUACAAAUCCGGGUGUCCACACACCGCUACAACCAUUUUCUCACCCAUUUUUCCUGAUUUCUUCUGCUACUAUGUCAGUGACAUCCGAACAAUCUCAAUGUUGAUAGGCUUUCGCGACAACGCGUCAUGCGGAUAUUUUGCGCGAACACGCGAACGAAAAGAUUUCGCGUUUUCGCUUCGCGCCAUUUGCUCCUUUCGCGCCACCCGCGAAACGUUCUAUUCGCAUUGUAUGUGAACGCACCAUACGCUUCUUCUGUGUGUGUCUAUGUAAAACAACAACUAUUAGUAUACAUAUAGAAUAUAUAAAUAGGUAAACAUUAAUAGAGAGUUCUCAGUUUAUUUUAUGUAUAGCCUAUAAAUGUGCUGAUGAAAUCAAGCGUUGAUUUCAGACCAUGGCACAAAAUGGCCUAAAAUCAUAAUUUCUACCUCUAUAAUCAUAUUUGCCACCUCUUGUUUUUAUAUUCGUAUGGCUUACUCAUCAGGUGAAUCGUUAGUUUUUCACUAAAUCUGGGGAGUGUACCUCAGUUUCAAUUUACAAUGCCUUUUUAUGUUCUUAGGAAAGAUACACAUAGACGUGUGUUUAGCACUGAUUGGUUAACGUGCUUUUUUAGAAUUGAUCCAUGGCAACAUGGAGAAGUCCUGUACAAUGGAAUUGUUGUUCCAGCUGAGAAGUUUACCAAAAAAAAACAAACAAAAAAACACUAAAAGCCUGUAGAUUUGGAGCAAAGUAACUUUCACGUCAGACAAUUUGACAUAUACUGUAUAUGUCAAUGUAUGGUACUUAUAAUGGAUAUUGCUUGAAUUGUCUAUUUUGAAUGUUAUUUCUGAGCCCUUUAUUCUGUGAUUGUAUAAUUGCAAUCAAAGCUAAUCAAUAAAACUAUAAAGCCUAUGUGAAAAAUAUAUACAUGUAUAUUAAAGAUACAUUUCACAGCAUGUUGAA